AUGGAUGGAGUGGAACUCACAUGCAGAGUGUUAAUCGACCAGGGUUCGCAGACAUCGUUUAUAACGGACCACAUAGCGCAACAGUUGCACUUAAGAAGAAGCCGUUCAGAGGUGGAAUAUGUUGGAGUAGGAACAUCGGAAGUUAAGCGAUCCAAAUACCAAGUGGGCCUAAAGAUUAGAGCAAAGGAUCAAUAUAUAGAUGUAACCGCUCAAGUUCUGAAGUCUUUGACGGGUCUAUUGCCCGGACGAUAUGUUAACAUACAAUGCAUGAAGCAUUUGCAAGGCAUUGAAUUGGCCGAUCCGCAUUGUUUUGAACCAGGAAAGAUUGAUUUGUUGUUGGGAGCCGACAUACAUGCAUACAUCAUUCUGGAAGGUCUGAAAACGGGACCGAAGGGUAGCCCGAUUGCUCAAAACACAAGGUUUGGGUGGAUUCUAUCUGGAGAAGUCACACAAGUGUCUCUUUCUGGAGUGAGAAACAACGAGCCAGUUGCUUCUACGAACCAUAUCACAGUAGCGUUCGCGCAGACGGAUCAUAACCAUGAUUUACAGAAGUUUUGGGAACUAGAGGAGGUACCGAAGUCUAUGCCAUGGACGGAGGAAGAUAGACGUUGUGAAGUUUUGUUCGAAGAGACAACCACGCAAACAGCAGAUGGAAGAUAUGAAGUGCAGUUGCCGUGGAAACAGACGCAGUGUCUUUCAUUGGGAUCUGGAAAGGAAACAGCUUUCAGACGGUUGUUACAGUUAGAGAAAAUAUUGAAUCGAGAUCAUAAAUUAAAGGCCAAGUACAUGGAGAGCAUGCAGAACUACAUAGACGAAGGGCAUGUUGAACAGGUGGAUGCUCAGUCAUCGACGGCAAACUCUACAAUUACGUAUUUACCACACCAACCGGUGAAGAAAAUAGUGGAUGGACAGCUGAAGAUUAGGAUUGUGUUCGACGCAUCACAGAAGUCUGAGACGGGUGUGUCAUUGAAUGAUGUACUAUUGACAGAACCGUCAUUACAAAUCAGCAUUCCUCGAGUAAUCAUGCGUUGA